AUGCUGAUUACGCUAUCGAGGGAGAGCACUGACAAAGGCCAAGCCUUACAGAAAACUAUUGCGGGCAUCCUUCAAACAGAAGCCAAAGUGAUCUGUAAAGGGCCACAGGAGACCAUCGAGAUCCGAGACAUCGACGACACGACGACGAAGGAAGACAUCCAGGUCGCCUUAAAAACAGAAGUCGGAGAAGCCUGUGAAAUACCGCUAGAGGCAAUAAAGAUCCGUAAGGCCUUUAGAGGUAAGCAGAUGGCAACAGUCACACUACCAGCGACCACAGGGCGAAAAUUACUGGACGGAAACGGCAAGAUCCGAAUUGGUUGGGUUAACUGUCGAAUAAGAGCGACGACGAGACCGAUCCAAUGUUUUAAAUGUUGGCACUUCGGGCACUUUGGAUCACAGUGCAAAAAUAAAAUAAACAGGUCUAGUCACUGCAUCAAAUGCGGUCAAGAAGGACAUAAGAUCGCUGAAUGUAAAAAUUCAGCUAAAUGUGCAAUUUGCGCGGAAAAUCCAGAAGCAAAAGACCUCGCCCACUUUGCCGGCACUAAUAGGUGUCCGAUAUUCCAGGAGGCGCUUCAGAAGAUAACAAACAAAAAAACAUGA